AUGCCUCAACUAUUAGAGAUGCAGCUUUCGCUGCUCCAUUCCGUGUCCAAGGCACUGGACAAUCUCAAGAAGAUCGGGAGGAACAAUUUCACUCCCGCCAAACUCCGUUCGAGAAUGACGUCGCUGAAGGAGACGUGGCAGCAGUGCAAGCAAGGACACGCCGCGCUCUCGAGCCAGUACACCGAAUCCGAGCGAGAGACAAUUCCGUACUUUGCUGAGGGUCAACUUGACGCGCACGAGGACAUUUUUCUGGCGACACUGGACUACAUGACUGAGCAAUUGGAAAUCCUCGAGCCUAUCGUGAGACACAACCAAACCUCUGCUAAUGUUUCGGUAUCAGAGAUCUCCGAAUCAUCAUCACUGUCGCUACAGCAUCUUCCGCCGAUCAAACUGCCUCCUUUCUCCGGGGACGCGGCUGAUUGGGAGACUUUUCGCGACCGAUUCAAAUCGUUAAUCAUCGCAAAUAAAGACAUUUCAAACUUCUCUAGAAUGCAUUUUCUGGCAUCCAGCUUAACUGGUCGCGCUCGCGACACUAUAUCCGGAAUUUCCAUUACCGCCGAUAACUUCCAAACAGCGUGGGACGCACUUGUUGCUCGUUUUGAAAAUAAGCGAAAAUUAAUAGAUGUUCACGUUGCGUCACUCUACAAUUUACCUUCGGUUUCCCGCGAGUCCGCCGUUGAACUCCACGCUUUACGCGAUCAAGCGGAGCGCGCGAUAUCCGCCUUGAAGCAACUAAAGCGAAGCUCGGACGAACAGUUAAGCGAUAUACUUGUUUACCUCGUAUCGCAAAAACUAGAUCCCGCGACGAAACGAGCGUGGAAAUUGAAAUGCUGUUCCGACAAUUCAGACACGGUUCCCACGUAUGAAACUCUUAAGAAAUUCAUAAACUCGCGCGCUGUUGCCCUCGAGGAGAUCGCUCCCGCGGCGUCCGCCAAGCCUCGGCAGGCCAGGGCACACAACGUCGCCGCGACGAAAUCAAAAGAGGUAGCGUGCCCAUUGUGCAAAGGCGCUCAUUACUUGAGCAAGUGUACCAAGUUCUUGAGCAAGAGUGCGACUCAGAGACGCGACUUAGUAAAGCAGACAAAUCGAUGCUAUAAUUGCCUGAGUGCUCGGCACAGUGUUAGCGAUUGUACAAGCACAUUCACGUGCCGCACGUGCCAGCAAAAGCAUCACACGCUUUUGCACUCUGAGUCGAUCUCUUCCUCAACUGCUACGCCGACGCCCGAUCAAUCCGACCAUGCGAAUACGACCGGAGAGUUGCCCGCCAACUCGCAAGUAUCCGCGAUGAAUGCGAUCGCCGCCGACGCGGAUCCCACGCCGGUCUUACUCGCCACCGCCGAGGUUUCUGUCCGCUCACGCGAUCACCGAACCGAAACCGUCAGGGCCCUGCUGGACCAGGGUUCCGAAGUUACGUUCAUAAGCGAACGACUCGCGCAAUCCUUACGC